CUGCGCACGCCCACCCACCUCUUCCUGGUCAACCUCAGCCUGGGCGACCUGCUGGUGUCCCUGUUCGGAGUCACCUUCACCUUCGCGUCGUGCCUGCGGAACGGCUGGGUGUGGGACGCUGUGGGCUGCGCGUGGGACGGGUUUAGCGGCAGCCUCUUCGGGUUUGUUUCCAUUACCACCCUUACUGUGCUGGCCUAUGAGCGUUAUAUCCGUGUGGUGCAUUCCAGAGUGAUCAAUUUUUCCUGGGCCUGGAGGGCCAUUACCUAUAUCUGGCUCUACUCCUUGGCAUGGGCAGGAGCACCUCUGCUGGGCUGGAACAGAUACAUCCUAGACAUACAUGGACUGGGCUGUACGGUGGACUGGAAAUCCAAGGAUGCCAACGACUCCUCCUUUGUGCUCUUCUUGUUUCUUGGCUGCCUGGUGGUGCCCCUGGGCAUCAUAACCCAUUGCUACGGUCAUAUUCUGUAUUCUGUUCGAAUGCUACGCUGUGUUGAAGAUCUCCAGACAAUUCAAGUGAUCAAGAUUUUAAGAUGUGAAAAGAAAGUGGCCAAAAUGAGCUUUGCAAUGGUCUUUGUCUUUCUCACCUGCUGGAUGCCUUACAUUGUGACCCGCUUCCUGGUGGUUAACGGCUAUGGACAUCUAGUCACGCCAACAGUGUCUAUUGUUUCUUCUCUCUUUGCUAAAUCGAGCACUGUGUACAAUCCAAUUAUCUAUAUCUUCAUGAUCAGAAAGUUUCGUAGGUCCCUUCUCCAGCUCUUAUGCUUCCGACUGCUCAGAUGCCAACGGCCUGCUAAAAACCUACCAGCAGCUGAGAGUGAAAUGCAGAUCAGGCCCAUUGUAAUGUCACAGAAAGAUAGGGACAGGCCAAAGAAGAAAGUGACCUUUAACUCCUCUUCCAUCAUUUUUAUCAUCACCAGUGAUGAGUCCCUGUCUGUCGAUGACAGUGACAGAACCAAUGCAUCCAAGGCCAAUGUAAUCCAAGUUCGUCCUUUAUAAGAACGGAAGAUGGAGUCUUGUAUCGCUGCUACACAAUGUCUACUAUAAGGACUGACUUGGAGUCCCCAUUUGGUAUAGUAACAACAGAACCUCAUGGCCUAGCAGGAGAUCUGAAUUGGCCAUAUGUUGUCUGUUUUCAAGAAGAGACUGAGGAAGAUAAAUUAUUUUCACUCAAUGGGUGCUUUAUAACAUGAGAAACUCCUGGUGGCACAAGAUGAGCAUCUGGCACCAUCAUCUACUAUGCCAGGAUUUAACAUUUGAAUGACCAUAUUUGCCAAAGCACAUAAUACAUUUUGUUUCUCAAAUAUAGUUCACUGUAUAAAUAACCGUCUCAUACACAUGUGUGCAAUGGCUGGGACAUCUGGACUAUGUCAUGGUGUUGGGUCCUAUUCUGUGCCAUGCUGUGUGUUUGACCAAUUCAGUUUAUUAAGGAGCUAAUAAAUCAAUCUAUACUUUUAUCUGGAAA